ACGUGGUGUGAACGUUUGUUGUUGCUCCCUUGAAGAAGAAAACCUCCCAAAGUAGUUGGAAAAACAAAAAGUCUGAAAUAAAAGACUGCCAUCACACGAUUACACCAGGGUAAAGUAUAUGAACAACUAGAUUGAAUCUUUAAUCUUUAAUUAUGUUCCUUUGUCUCCGCAGUUUUCUAACUUUACUCUAAUGUCUGGUCAAUGAAGUUUAUAAACAGCAAACAACGGAAGUGGUUAAUCGCGGUACUUUGACCGUGAGAAAGAAACACGAUGUUUUUACAUUUGCUUCAGCCUUUUUGUCAAUGAGAUAGUGCAGUAUAGACACCACGGACACACACCACGAAUCUAAAACCAAAUGUGUAAUUGUGUGAAGUAAUUACUCUUUCCUAUUGUUUUAGCACAGAGCGUAUCGUUUUAUUUUGAAACGUAUAGGCGGAAGUAGUUUCUUCCCUUGGCUUGUUUUUCAGCUCGGAGCUUCUCAGGAGACUUCAGGGACCAUGGAGGCAGCUCGCGGGACACGUCCUCGUUCUUCCUCUCGUGAAAGUAAGACGUGCCUAUUAAUUCGCAGAAGAUAACAACACGCGACAUAUGGAGCUAUAAUGUCAUCAUGUCACCCGCCACGCGUCGGAGCGGACUUCUCUUUCGCCAGCUGGAAAACAACUUCUCAGGCCGAGGCCCACAGAGGAGGCUCUGAAGACCCCGUGUCCACCAGCACGAUGAGUCAGUCACGCAGGCAGGAGGGGAAGGGCAGUUUCUUCAAGUUGAUCGACUCUUUUGCCUGGGAACUCGGCACACUGAAGAAGGAAAUGGGGAAGAAAGAGCCAGAAGAAGACCACAAGACGGAUCCACUCCUUGGACUGGGCGACGAGGUGGGAGGUCUCUUCCUGCAGGCUUCCCCCUGUACUGGGAUCAGAGCGGCGCCGGCCCGAGUCAGAGACUCGGGCUACGACUCGCUCCAUCGGCGGCUCAGCGUUCUGGACCGACUGGUGCAGACGCACGCCGUGUGGCUGCAGCUGGGCCUCAGCCACCAGGACGCCAUGCGUGUACUGCAGAGCCAACCUACCGGGACAUUUGUGGUGAGGAAGUCGACUAGCCUGCAGAGGAAAGUCUUAUCUGUACGCAUGAACAAAGACUCUGCGCUUCCCAUCAAGGACUUCCCUGUGAAGGAGAGCCAGUACACCUUCUCCUUGCUGGGCUCCGGCCUGAGCUUCGCUGACCUGUUCCGUCUGGUGGCUUUUUGCUGCAUCAGCAGGGAUCUGUUGCCCUUCACUCUGAAGCUUCCAGAAGUCAUCGCCUCAGCCACAACGUCGGCCGAUCUGGAGGAGGUGGCAAAACUUGGAGCAGGUUUGUGCUCAAGUCUGAAUGUUUGGGGAACCACACGCAUUUAUUUGGGGGAAUGAGAGA